GAGCUUCCCUCGAGGGGCAGACGCUUGGGUAAAGAGUCUAGAGCGGACUCUGGGAGAGUCAGAAGCACAUCCGGUGUGAGGAGAGCUGUGUGGGAUCUUAGGAGGCUGAGCGGAGGCUGUGUCCCACAGACUCUGGCAUCAUGAACAUAUUUGAUCGGAAGAUCAACUUUGAUGCACUCUUAAAAUUUUCCCACAUAACCCCAUCGACACAGCAGCACCUGAAGAAGGUCUAUGCCAGUUUUGCCCUCUGUAUGUUCGUGGCGGCCGCGGGGGCCUAUGUCCACGUGGUCACUCACUUCCUUCAGGCUGGCCUGCUCUCUGCCUUGGGCUCUCUGGGGUUGAUGAUCUGGCUGAUGACAACGCCUCAUAGCCAUGAAACCGAGCAAAAAAGACUGGGACUUCUUGCUGGAUUUGCUUUCCUUACAGGAGUUGGCCUGGGCCCUGCUCUGGAGCUGUGCAUUGCCAUCAACCCCAGCAUUCUUCCCACCGCCUUCAUGGGCACAGCAAUGAUCUUCACCUGCUUCACCCUGAGCGCCCUCUAUGCCAGGCGCCGGAGCUACCUCUUUCUGGGAGGUGUCUUGAUGUCAGCCAUGAGCCUGAUGCUCUUGUCUUCCCUGGGGAACCUUUUCUUUGGAUCCAUUUGGCUUUUCCAGGCGAACCUGUAUGUGGGGCUGGUGGUCAUGUGUGGCUUUGUCCUUUUUGAUACUCAACUCAUUAUUGAAAAGGCUGAAAAUGGAGAUAAGGAUUAUAUCUGGCACUGUGUUGACCUCUUCUUAGAUUUCAUUACUCUCUUCAGAAAACUCAUGAUGAUCCUGGCUAUGAAUGAGAAGGACAAGAAGAAAGAGAAGAAGUGAAAUGACCAUGCAGCCUUUCCCAUUUUGACCUUUCCCUCCACCCCUCAUUUCCUCUUCGCACACAUUGCAGGUGGUGUGUUCUGUGAUAAUGAAAAGCAUCAGAAAAGCUUUUGUACUUUGUGGUUUUCUCUAUUUUGAAUUUUUUGAUCAAAAAACUGAUUAGCAAAAUAUAGUUUGGAGUUUGGCUUCAUAUUCCUGGGGUUCUUCCCCACUCCCUUGUCUGUCUAGCCCAUCUUAGCUUCUCCCUCUGCUGGGGCAGCCGGUCACCAUGAUGAGGAGUGGGACCCACAGCAGAGUAAACUCCAGGAGUCCGCUUUCUACCCAAGCUUCAUCAGGUGCGCCUGAACUUUCAGUCGAGCUGCUUUGGCUCUUCCUCAGCAUCGUUUGGUUUGUGCACAGUUCCUGGUGGGACUGGGCUGUGUGUUCUCCGUCGGAGAGGAGCUUGGUGGUCCUCUUGUUCCUCAGGCUCGUUACAUCUGAGCUGCUGUCAACCCCUAUGAAGAAAAUGAAGAGCUUCUUCUGGCGGAUGCUUUGCUUCCUCUGAGCUGCCCAAGCGGCGGCGGGUCUGACAAACAUACCGUUCUGUCUUGCUGUCCCAAAAGGAAUGUGGACUGUUGUGUUCCCUUUCCCUGUCCCUGGUCUCACCCUCAGGGAAUCUGCAGGUUUUUCCAUCCCCGGGGCUGGAGGAUUUCAGCACAAAGGAAAGACUGAUUCUUGUCAGGUAUUUACGAAAAGGCUGGUUUUGUAUGGCAAGACAGAGCAUAAAAUUCCUGAACGUCCCCUGUCUUUACUUUUUAUCACCUUAGUUGUUGAGUGGCCUCUCCCACCUGGCCUUGAUUGAAGAUCCCAGGACAGGAAGGAUAGGGAAGGGGAAUGGUUGAGCCUGGGGGUAAGUUUAUUUAAACUAAUCCUGCCUGACAAACCUAGUUGGCCUGUUUGGGGCAGUGAGGCAAGUAGGAGGAGAUGCUGCUAGCUGAAUGGUUCAUUGUUGAGAGCUGCAGAACUGGGUUGUGAUGACUUGGGAGGCCGCAUUCAGAGCAGUCCGGCGCAUUUCUGUCUUCUCCCGCCUGGACGCCAGUAGUGUCAGGCCAGAGAUUCCGGGCAGUAGAUAAAAGUUCAUUUUACAGAUGCACUUUAGUUUUUGGUCUCUGCAACCUGUUCCCAGAAUCCAUAGCCUUCCAUCCAGGGACAGGUGACCAAACCUGCAAAACGAAUGAUUCCCUCCAGCUCGGUCAUUGUGUGAGAGGCCAGUACUAAUAGGGAUCCCUGGAGCUUUCCCAGGGAGCUGCCACAGGCUGCUGGCACAGAAGGUUAGGCAGCCUGGAGAGCAGUUAAUGUUUCUGGCUGUUCACAGGGCUUCCGUGGAACGGGACUGAGCCAUCAAAAGCUUGUUGCCAGUAGGAUACCAUUUUUGGUUCUCCCUGUUCACAAGCAGCACGCAGAUUGAAUGGCUGCUGGUUCGCGGUGCACCAUGUCAUUGUGCUGUCCUGUGAAGCAGUUUGUCCCCAGGGUGUGUGUAUUUCUGGGGAGCCGUGCUGCCAGGAAUGGCUGGCAUCUGCAGAGGAUGCUGCCCUCUGACCUAGCUGCUGCCUCCAGCCUCUGGCUUGAGAACUUUUAAUAAAGGGACUUUCCAUUAAAUGCCCAGUAGCACUCUCCAUACAUUUGUUGAUUCUCUGCAAGGCCUGAGAAUCUGAGUUGAAUCUCUUGAAGCCAGACUCCACCUCUUGUGCUUUUUUGCUUGGGAUAAAGGAGUUUUUCUUUAGAAACAGUGCCAAGAAUGACAAGAUCUAAAAAAUGACUUUUAAAGAAAAUGCCUAACAGGUUUUUAAUACAGUAAUCACUGUAAUUAUCACUUUCUUUUCUAGUUCCUUGGUUUUCAGCUCAGGCUGCAUUCUCUAACUCAUACUGUGAAGACAAAGGUGUUUUUGAUUCAGAAAUAUAUGAAAUCUACAUAGUCUUAAUUUGUAAAAAAUAAAGAAAAUUCCUUAACCUUU